AUGUCUACCGACGCUCCCCUCCUUCCUGGUCCUCCACCCUUGCUUGAACGUCUACAGAUGCUCAAGGACCUAAUACCCCUGCCCUUCGUGCUCAUGCUUGCUCCGUUCAAGCGCGAAAACAAAGGGCGCUCAUGGCGACGAGCCCCCUAUGAUAGCGCCCUCCGCUACAUCGCGUCGCGUCGAUGGAAUCUUCGUCAAAAUCUGGUCAUCUUUGGCACGAGCUCGACUGAGGCCUAUGAGAAAUGGGCGCGAAAAAACAAGGUGGAGAGCAUUGUGGAUGAUAUCGAGGAAGAUGCAAAACUGCUCUGGGUUGGUCCUAGACGUUACGAUCGUGUACUGCUUUGGCUGCAUGGUGGCGGAUUCUGUUUGCCGAUUAAUCCCGACCAACAUCUAACAUUUCUGUCCGGUAUCCAAACCACAUUUGAAAACGCAAAAACGCCGGUAGGGGUAGCCGUGCUAGCAUACUGUGCGUGCAUCAGUCUCCUCAUUCGAACUACACAAACGUUGACUCUUAGCGUCCGUGGGGAGACAGCGCUCACACCAUCUUCACCGUUCCCGACCCAACUACGUCAAGCCACCGCAGCCGUGAAGCAUCUCCUCGCCCAAGGCGUCUCUCCAUCCAAUCUAAUCAUAGGAGGCGACUCAGCCGGCGGAAACCUGGCUCUCCAAUUCCUAUCCCAUGCACUCCACCCAUUGCCAGGCAUACCGCCCCCUCCCACCUUUCCCUCCCCACUCGCCGGCGUACUGCUCAUCUCCCACUGGGCAUCAUUCCACCAAGACUUCCCCUCGUUCAAGCGGAACGAUAAAAAGGACAACAUCAGCUGUGAGACAAUCGCGACCUUCAUAACCGUUUCCGCUCGAGGUAUAGAGCCUGGGCAGGAGCCGUGGUUCGAGCCGAUGGCGUCGGAUGUGACGUGGUGGCGAGGAUUGGGUGGGUUGGUGACGAGGAUGAUGAAUACGGUGGGAGAGGUCGAGUGUCUUAGGGAUCCUAUCGAGGAGUUCGCGAAGACGAGGCUGGGGCCGAACGUUCAGGAUCUUACGUGCCUGGUGGAGAGGAACGGAGUGCACACGGAUUUUUUAUGCGAUAUCGCGGUUGGGGAGGGUGGGAAUAAUGCAGCGCAUCGGGAUGUGGUAUCGUGGUUGCAGGACACCUUUUACCCCGACGAGGGAAGGACAAAGCGAGCGAAUACCGCCGACAACUUUUGCACUUAG